UUCUCGGGAAGCUGCAUGACACUAAACUGUGGCACAAAAAGUGACAUUCUGUUUUUUUUUUUUUCUUUAAAGAUGACGGGUUUAGAUGUGGAAAAAGACCAAAUCAUUGAAAUGGCGUGCAUCAUCACCGACUCUGAUCUGAACAUCAUAGCAGAGGGACCAACUGUAAUCAUCAAGCAGCCAGACGAGCUGCUGGACGGGAUGUCGGAGUGGUGUAAAGAGCAUCAUGGGAAGUCAGGACUGAUUCAGGCUGUCAAAAACAGCAACAUUACCCUGGAACAGGCCGAAUACGAGUUUCUGUCCUUUGUCAGGCAGCACACGCCACCUGGGCAAUGUCCCCUUGCUGGCAACUCUGUGCACGCAGACAAGAGGUUCUUGGACAAGUACAUGCCACAGUUCAUGUACCAUCUUCAUUACAGGAUCAUUGAUGUCAGCACCAUCAAAGAGCUCUGCAGGCGGUGGUUCCCUGAAGACUUCAGUAUGGCUCCACGCAAGUCUGCCACCCACAGAGCCUUAGACGAUAUAAAGGAGAGCAUUAAGGAGCUCCAGUACUACAGAGCCAGCAUCUUCAAAGCAUCGCCAGAGGAAAAGAAACGCAAGACCAAAGAAAACAAAGACAACAUUAGUUAGUGAAUGAAUAUGAGUGAUGAAAUGCACGUUGAAGAUUUCUUUUAGUUUGGAUGUUUUUAUUUUUCAGGAAUAAUACAGUUUUAAAAUAAAAUAAAGUGAAGAGAAAAUUGAUUUAAGAUUUAUUUAUGAUUCUGAUAUUCUAGUUGAAUUAAAUAAAAUAAUUUCUUUCUGUAUCUUUAUUUCUACACUAAUCCGGCAAGCAUAAAAGCUGCAUAUUACAAUCUAAGGUCAUAUUUAUUUACAUAAUUGAAGUUUUGAUGGACAUAUUACCCAUACAAUGCAUUAUUCCUGUCCUUAUUUAAAGUAUGUAAGAUCCAAGCUUUAAAUCAAUACAUUUUCUUUGAAGUCUCUAAAUUAGUAGGUUAGAGAUGAGAGUCGCUUCAACUGACUUUGCAAAAAAUGUGAAAUAUAAGUUAUUUCUAAAAUAAAAUCCAAUCUUCAAUUGAAGUUUCUUUUCUCUAUCAGUGACACAAACAGUAUAUGUUUUAUCUUGAUGCUGACCCAAUACACAACUUUCCUAUCAACAAUAAGCUAUUCAGUACUCUGGUGCUGCACUUAAGCAUCGGCAGACAUGGGUUUUCUUAAUACCAUCCUUUGCUGCAGCUGGAAGAGCACCAGCUGAAUCUGUAGUAUCUACUAGUUGAAAACCCUUUUUUUUUGCAUUUGCAUCAGCUUGCCUGCUUCUAUUUUUUAUGGAUUAUCCUUGAAUACUUUUCAGAGUCAAAGUUCAGUUCAGUUUAUUUAUAUAGCGCCAAUUCACAACACAUGUCAUG